CACCUUCAGGAUUAUCAGGGUGAAGGUCUGAUUGUAGUUAAGGUUGAAGGUGAAGAGGAGCCACAUGUAAUGGGUGAUGAUCCAUGUAAGGAGGAGGAGAUCCCUCCAGAGAUCAGCACAGACUCCAGAGACACUCCGAGAGACGUCAGCAUUGAGGAAAAUGAAGGAGGACUUGUGAGGAUUAAAGAGGAGGAAGUUGCUGUAGAGAUCAGCACAGGUGGACAGAAUAAAAGGAACACCAGUACAGCAACCAGAGGUACCAGUCCGACUCCUUUGUAUUCCCAGGCAUCCUCAAAGAAAGAUCAUGAGAUGUUCCAGGACUAUCAGGAGGAGAAUCUUAUUAAAGUUGAAGUUAAAGAGGAAGCAGAAGAAAUAGAGGAGACCUACGUGACCGGGGAUGAGCCGUGUAAGGAGGAAGUUCCUUCGGAAAUUGGCACAGAUGGACGAUACAGAAGGUACAACAUGGGAAAAGGACUCGUCACUUCUGCAGCCCGUGAAAUAGAAGAGGAUGACAUCACUUCUGAUUCUUCAGCAGAAAACCCAAUUCAAGUAAAGGUCCAUCCAUUACCUAGACGUGCAGCUCCAUCAUCCAAUCCUAUACAAGGAGGGAGUUUUCAUGACCCCCCAUCUGUGGUUGACCACCACACCACAUAUGGAGGGGGAGAAACUUUCCCAUGUUCGGAGUGUGGGAAAUGUUUCACGCGGAGAGGAACUCUCACCGCACAUCAGCGGUCUCACACGGGGGAGAGGCCUUUUUCCUGUCCCGAGUGUGGAAAAUGCUUUUCCUGCAAGAAAAUUCUCAUCCGACACCAAAGAAUCCACACAGGGGAGAAGCCGUAUUCGUGUCCUGAAUGCGGGAAAUGUUUUACUCAGAAAUCCGGUCUCAUCAGACACGAGAGUGUUCACACGGGGGCAAAACCCUUUUCGUGUUCAGUGUGCGGGAAGUGUUUCUCCAUGAAGGUGACUCUUACCAAACAUGAAAAGAUUCACACGGGGGAGAAACCAUAUUCUUGUUCGGAAUGCGGAAAGUGUUUCUCCUCCGGGACAAAUCUCGUUCGACACCAGAGAUCCCACACAGGCGACCGCCCGUAUCCGUGUUCCGAAUGCGGCAAAAGCUUUGCGCAAAAGUCGUAUCUGGUGGAGCACCAGAGACUUCACACAGGCGAUCACCCCUUUUCCUGCUCUGAGUGCGGGAAGUGUUUCACUCAAAAGUCUCACCUCGUGAAACACAAAACCAGUCACACUGGGGAAAAGCCAUUCGCAUGUUCUGUGUGCGGGAAGUGCUUCACGCAAAAAUCGGUUUUGGUUACGCACGAAAGGAUUCACACUGGCGAGAAGCCGUAUUCGUGUUCUGAGUGUGGGAGGUGUUUUACCGAUAGGGCCACCCUGGUGAGACACGAGAGAGUCCACACAGGGGAGAAGCCAUAUUCGUGCUCUGAAUGUGGGAAACAGUUUUCCAAGAAAUACUCGCUCAUUUGCCAUCUCGGCUCGCACAGUGGAACAGAAGCUCCCCUCUCAGGGUGUGGCAAUUGAGUCGGGGUGACCCUG